CUUUAAUGCAAAAUGAAACUUUGGGAAAUUGGUGGGAGUAGUUGAGUGCAGCGACAGAAUAUAUUCAGCAUCCCCCUUUUACACUUGUCUUCAGCGGGAGUGAGGUUUGAGUUGCAGACCUAAAGAGGGAGAACAGUGGAGACUCAGAGGGAUCAAAGAAUUUGGACAUGUUCCCACAUCACAAUCUACUUGUUGCUUUUGUCCUUCUUCUCCUGUAUGUCUCUGGAAGAGCAUACAGGCUGGACAUUCUUAAGAGAAACUCUGAGCCAAAGGAAGGUGAUGUGAGGCUGUUUGGUUCUGAGAGCCCCUCAGAGGGCCGUGUUGAGGUCUACCAUGAUGGCAAAUGGGGAACAGUGUGUGACGACAACUGGGACAUGGCUGAAGCCCAGGUGGUUUGUCGUCAGCUCAACUUCCCCGGAGCCAAAUCCACUGUCAUUGGGAAGGACUAUGGACAAGCGACUGGACCCAUUUGGCUGGAUGACAUUGCCUGUGAAGGGAAAGAGAGACAGCUAGUGUCUUGCCGAUUCAGUGGGUGGGGAAUAACUGACUGCAGCCAUAAAGAGGAUGCUGGAGUUAUCUGUGAAACAGGAAGUAAUGUGACAAUAAGUGACUCUAAGUACUCACUGGACCACAGCAUCAGCCUCUCAGGUGACCUCGGUCAAAUCUUUGACAGUGGGACCGCUUGUGAUUUCCUGAUCACUUUCCAGACCCCCACUGGAAACAAAAAAGAUGAUGGGACCCCGGAGAUGACUGAGACUAUAAUUUGUGCAUACAAAGUCAUCCUGAUGUUUUACCCAUACUUCAGUUCCUCAGCGGGGUCAAAUAACAUCACCGUGACUGUCAACAAACCCUGCCAGCCGUACCUUACCUCCUUCAUCAGGUAUCUGCACACCCGUAAGACUGAUGUGACCCACUCCUCUGUGAUGUGCCUCCAUCAGCUUGCUUCAGACUUUGGUGUAAAGCAGCUGAUGGAGGACAUAGGUCGGCUGUUCUCCAACAUCCUACCAGAUGACGUUUCCUUUUACUCCCAAGUUUUACUUUACAAAUAUGCAGUUGAGUCAAAGGACUUAGUCCUCGAGGAAAACUGCAUCCAGUACCUGGCCUGGAACUUCCAAAACCUGACCAGUUCUCCAGUUUGGGCCGAGUUUCCUGUGGAGCUCCUUCAUGCCCUUCUUGUCCGCUCAGAUUUGGUAGUGCCUGAUGAGUAUUUUUUACUUCACGCUCUGGAAAACUGGAUCACAAACAAUGCUGGUUCCAUGACUUCAGAAAGCCAGGUCAACUUGCUCCGUCUGGUCCGUUUCCCCAUGAUCCCUGCUGAGAAGCUGUAUGAGCUGGAGUCCACGUCUCCUCUCUGCAAGACUCACAGGGAUAUGUAUCGUGACAGUAUCUUAAAAGCAUAUCAAUUCAAUGUUCUACUCUACAAUAAUCAGACCGAGUUAAUGUUAAACAAAGACAAUGAUGAUUACAAGCCCAGAAUCUACACAAGUGAUACCUGGAGUAUUGCCAUUGACCCUUGGACAGAAUCUUCAUCGUCUCUACAUCAAAACCAGUACGAAUACAGAUACCAGUAUGGGUCUUAUGAUUAUUACCCAACUUAUGGUCAACCCACUCUCCACAAGGAACUGAGAACACCUCUCCACAACAGCCUUCUGUUUAAGAACAACAUGAUCACCUGGGAGGCAGAUUUCUUCAAAACCCAGAGUGACUGUUCAAGGCGAGGCCUAAGGUGCGAAUCUGUUCCUGUGACAAGACUGGCUCGCCAGAACCAGUAUCAGUCCGAGAGCAGUGUUCUUUACCAUAACCGCCUCCUGCUGAUUUGCCAGAAUAAAUACGUCUGUCAGAUCCAAGGGUUCAAAGGCAACCUAGCUUAUGUGAAUACAAAUAGUACCCAGGUCCUGGCCUAUUCCUGUCCUGAUGACAAUUACACUUACAGAUUUGUAGUGAGACCAGAGUAUGUGUGAUCCAAUGAAAGGAAAUGAUGAUCAUUACCACCGUGAUCGCCUAGCAUCAUUAAUGUUCAGCUGAUUCUAAGCAAAUAAGCAUCCCAUUAAAUGUUUUUUUCAGUGAUUGCUAUAAUCAAUUAUUUCUAUAAUUAAAAUUUGGCUAUAAAUUAAUCAACAUUAAUAUAAUUUUUACAUUAUGUGAAAAAUAAAGAGAUUACAAAAAUA